CACUCAGUGAUCUCACUCAUGAUGCACACACUGCAACAUACACACACACAGGGGCUCGGUCUCAGUGAAAGGUCUGUGUGUGGGUGUUGGUUCCUCACCGCCUCUCUGUCGCCGUACUUGCUGUCUUCCCAAUGAGGCAGAUAUGCACGUGCCGACCGACAGCUGUACACUCGCGCUGCCGCGUCUCUCUUACUUGGACACCAGGCUUAAAUCAAGAUCAUAGCCGCCCUAGUGUCACACCUCCCGCCCUUCACUCUGUGGCCUGCCUUCAGUCCCUCAUAUAACUCCCAUGCGAACGACUGCAAAUCGCGCAGCAUGGACUCGAGUCGUUAUGGUCACAGAUAGACGAAAAACCAACCCAAUCCACACACACAGAACCCGGUCAAUCAGUCAGACCACCUGUUCCCCGUUGAUCCACUGAGGGAUUGAUGCACACAGCCCGCCAGUGUCAGUGAGUGAGAUAGAGGCGAAAAAAGAAAAAUCACUCUCACUCACCCAUUCACAGCCUAUUCCCCAGCCCGUCGCCGAACAGCACCUCCACAUCGGCCCCCAUGACCUCACGAGCCACUCUCACUGUCUGAGGGAACCUGGCGGCACCCUCCUUGCCCGACACGGGACACUCCGUCGUGUAGAGCGUUGUUUCAGCAUGGUUGUGCCGGCCGCAGAUCAUGACGUGAGCCUCGAAGGUGUGGUGGGGCUGGUCGCCUUGGAUCACGAUCAUGCGGCCGAAGUAUCCUCCGGGCGACUCGCGAGUGCUGACAGUGUGGCAGGUCUGCCACACGGGGGGCGGCUGCCAGCGGAGAGCCAUCUGAAAUGAAAGAGAAUGGGAGAGACAGAUGGAUCGAUGGAUCGAUGGACAAACAGGAUCGGUGUCAGUGAGUGUGUGUGUGUGUGUAUGCGACUUACCAGUCGGGUAAGGCGCUGCGAACUGGGUGCAAAAAACUGGUGCGCCACAACACGCCCGUCGGUGGUGGUCCCACCGAUCCCACCGACGGGUGGUCCUGACCUCAUCCUGACCAGACAGACAGACAGACUGACCGCGUGUGUGUGCAUAUUCCUCUCAUUAUUGUCUUCUGAGUCACUUGUACAACACGGCGGCGCGAACCGAAUCAUAGUCAUUACCUGCCCACACACAGACACACAGGCAGGCAGCUUCAGACACGCACCCAAAUGGUGGAUGGACAGAUCGGUUCUCACCUCCAAGUUGGCACACAGGGUCGGUCUCGUCGAAUCGAGCUCGGAAGGAGCUGUCGGCCGGCAGUGUCUGCAGGGUGCGAAUGGUGAGACGAUAUCCAUCCAGCCAUUCCUCGCCAAGCAUUCGUUGCAGCGUCAUAUGCAGUGUGGUGUCGCCUUGCAAGUGACGCCAGAGAAGGGAGAACUGCCGCAACGGCUCGCACCGCCCGUCGAACAGCGCCCUGCUGCCCACCCCUUCGAAAUCCUUUUCGCGCAGCGGUAUCGGCAAUCCCCAAAACACCCGCCCAUGCUGCUCGGCCACCCUGAGGAUCGGCGUCCACCUCGACCACUCGCCCCCGUGCUGGAUGAUGUACAGAAUUUUCUGGAGCAGGUCGAGGGAUAACGUCGAUUCCCAGCUGUUCGGAUGAUAGCUGACGAGGUCCUGCAUACGCUUGGCGGCGAUCUGGCGGUCAAUCACCGACGUGAGUGUCGCCUCGGAGAUGCGCUGUAUGCCGAGGGUGCACGUGCGUCGGAGGCGGCCGAGGCCGUCGGCGCCCACUAGAGGGAAAAUGACCUCACACUCGAUUUCAUAGGGGAGGUCGAACAGCCGAAGCUGCUCGUCAUGCUGAAAAAGGCGGAGAGACAGACGGCAAUGAGAAGCGUGUUGCUCGUGGCACUGCCUUUUGUGUGUCUGGUACCGUGUUGCCGCCAUCCCGAGUCACAGGACCGUUGGCAACAAACCGGAAGCCCUCGUGCACCUGCACACUCAGUCGGACGGAUACGCACACAUCGUGAAUUGAUCCAGAGGUCGUAUGCCUGUCUGUCUUCGUGUGCACCUGUUGGGCGUGCGGGGAUCUGUUUUUGUGAUGCGGCACCACCACACGGAACUCCUCGUGUCGGCCGUCCACCUCCCGCAUCCUUAGCGCCGUCCCUUCAUUGGUCUCCUCUGUGCGAUAGACAGCCGCCACCACCCACUCCUGCUCGCCCUUCUCGCGCCCGGCCGUCACCAUCCACACGCGAGCGCCCUCCGGGUGAGGACGAGCCGCAUGAGGACGAGCCGCAUGGGAGAGGGGCUCCAUCUGACGCAUUGAUGAAACACAACCAACGAAUGACCAACUGAAGGAAUGAGAGGGGUGCAUCAUUCAUCACACCUGUGUGUACCUGUGAGGCGCGAGCACCUCAAAUGCUCAAAAGGCGGGUGGUCGCCAGAUG